AUGCAAAAGGAGAAGAACAAGUGGAGACACAUUUCGAAGGUAAUAGUAAAUGCCAUUCUAUUUUGCAUAAAAAAUAAUGAUGCGCUGGGAGGCACUUCUAAAAUUAUCGGUAAUUCAAAUUGUGGCCAAUUUCUAAGCUCAAUUGAACUAAUUAGCCACUAUGACAGUAUCAUUAAAGAUCACAUUGAGGCUCAAAAUAAAGGAAGUGUACUGUUGAAGAGUUUUAUUGAUUUCAUCAAUACCCACGAAAAAACUGGCGAAGGGCUUGCAAAAGAAGUAGAGGAAAAACUGAUUACUGACAAAUUGGAUAUAACCAACAUCAGAGGGCAAUCAUACGAUAAUUGCGCAAAUAUCGCUGUGGGAGUCCAUGCUAUUCAAAUAGAUCCAAAAAUGCAAUCCUUUUUCGAAACAGUUCAACAAAUAUAUAACUUUUUUGUUGGAUCACCUUUCCGGUGGGGACUGUUGAAAAGCAGACUUAAGACGUAUUUAAAAGGAACAAGCGAUACACGCUGGUCAUCAAAAGCUAACGCUGUCCAUGCUUUAAACUCCCAGCUGGAAAAAGUUCUUGAAGAGGUCAGCGCAUCGGAAGAAGGUACUGGAAAUACGAUUGUGCAAUCAAAGACAUUAUUGAAAUUAAUAAAAAAAAUAAAAUUUCCUAACAAGAAACGCAGCAUGAUGUAUCUUAAGGUGCUCGAAUAUUUCAGGGACUGUUGGACGAAAUGA